AUGGACGAGACACUUCCAGAUGACAGGGCCAUUACCGUCCCAGUCCCUGCGGUCAACCUAACUGUCGAGGACCGGUUUCAGAAUUUUGAGGUAUCCGAAAUCAGCCACGUUGUCGUACAACUUUCUGAUAAAAGACUGGAUUCAAUAAUGCAGUCCUGCGCAAGUCUUACCUACAAUUUCGACAAACCUUGGCCCUUCUGGUUCUUCAUUGGUAAAACCUUAUCGAAAGUCUUCUUUGAGAAUAUUCUGGACCCGACUAAACCAAACCACAUUGAAGAGGAGCUUCGGGUGGUCGAAGUAGAUUUCUCAAAACCUAUUCGAGGAGAAGAUCUGAAGGCAUUUUGGAAGUCUGGUCGAGAGAUCACAUGUCAAAGAGUUCGUGAGUGGCUCGAAUACUUAAGGAGGAAUACACCGAAGUAA